UGGAACAACUCUCGAGCUUCGGGUUAGAAAGGAGACACGCAUGACACGCACCACGUAUGCACGCACGUAUGCACGUCGUACUGUCACGAUCAUGGAGUGACGGUACAUACCUACGUAUCUAUCUAUGUAUUUAUCUAUCCAUCAGGGUCGCGGGGUGCAGUUCAGACAUGGGAAGUGAGCAUUACUGCCUGAGGUGGAACAAUCAUCAGAGCAACUUGCUGGGUGUGUUCAGUCAACUGCUGGAGUCGGAGUCGCUGGUGGACGUGACACUGGCGUGCACGGAGGGACCAUCGAUACGCGCCCACAAGGUAGUCCUCUCCGCGUGCUCCAGCUACUUCCAGGCCCUGUUCCUAGACCAUCCGAACCGUCACCCCAUCGUAAUCCUAAAGGACGUACGUUUCGCCGAGUUACGUACCCUCGUCGACUUCAUGUACAAGGGCGAGGUAAACGUCGAGUACUGCCAGCUCUCGGCACUUCUCAAGACAGCGGAGAGCCUCAAGGUUAAGGGUCUAGCGGACAUGACGAACAUCAAUGCUGCCGUCGCUUCGCGAGAGGAACAACAAACGCAACAGCAACAAUCGCAAUCGCAAUCGCAAUCGCAACAGCAAAAUCUACAGGCUCAACAACAGCAACAACAACAACAAUCGCAACAAUCGCAACAACAGCAACACGAUCGAAGUUCCGAGUGUUUAUUGCGGGAAUCAUCGCGAGAACAACACCAUAGAGAACGUGAUAGUAUAAAAGAUAGUAAUAGUUGCGGUGGGAAAGUUAACGAGAGGGAUAGAAUCGAGGGAAACGUUCAAGGCGUCGCGACGGCGGCCUCGGCCGGCGCGACGACGUCCAGUCAAGGCACGAAAGAUUCUUCCGCCGAACAGCAACAACAACCACAACAACAACAGCAACAACAACCACAGCAACAACAAUUGCAAACGCAGCAGCAACAGCAACAGCAAUUGCAAUCGCAACAGCAAUUGCAAACGCAACAGCAGCAACAGCAACAACAACAACAGCAACAACAAAAUCAUCCGCAAGGAACGACAAGCGAUUCGAUCGAAGCCGUCGAUAUGACGGAUUGUCCAGUAUCACCAACGGGACCAGGUAGUCCCUGUCCUGGUCCCCUUGCUCUCGAUCGACCAAGAAGGGAUUCCGAGGAUGCCGCUAGCUUCGAAGAAACUAGAGGAUCCCUCAGUCCCAUCUCGGUACACAGUGGUCCAUCCGAUAUGAGCCUGAGCAACAACACCACUAGCACACCUGGUGUCUUACCUUUGAACUUACCGCAGAACCGACUUCCGUCCCCGCACAGUACCGAACCACUCGCAGGCCCAUCAGGCCUACCUCCUGUUCAACAAGUUCCACUUACGCGCCAUUUGCAGUCGUUGAAAAAGGAAAUGGACUGGGAAAGAUCGACCGAGGAACGGAGUGCAAGCAGUGAAAUAUCCACGGACUACAGACUCCCACCAGAUCCGGUGUCAUUGGCGUUGGGAUUGGAUGCAGGUGGUUGGGGUGCGUUGGUUGAAAGAUCGAGCGCUCAUAACUACAGCGGAAGUGGAACGGGUGGAGGUGCAGGUUUGAUCGGUCACGGAAGUUUCGCAAGUUUGGCGGGUUUGGCAAGGCGUUGCGGAGUUUGUUUGGCCACGUUCCCGUCAGCCUGGUUGCUCGAACGUCACGCGUUGCUGCAACACGCUGGUCAAUCGAACGACGACAAACCGUUUACGUGCGAGCAGUGCGGUCAACGUUAUCGUUACCGUUCAGCCUACGUGAAACACCGGGAGCAGAAUCAUCGUGCACGGUUGCCGGCCGACAAGUUAUUCACCUGCGACGUAUGCGGUAUGCAAUUCAGGUAUCUUAAAUCGUUCAAGAAGCAUAGACUGAAUCACGCGUUGGAAAGAUUGCAACGGGCACCUAGCGAUACGCAUAAUGCUGUAUUAACCGCAUCCCCGUUUGCGGAAAGAAGCGAUCAGGUAUCGAGUACGGGUGAACCUAGUCAAAUUGAAACGGGUAGCGAUUCUACUACUAAUCUGGGUGAAGUUGAGGAGUCUAGAGGAAUAUAUUCGGAGAAUGCUAGAGGCGAGGAGAGUGUAUCGGAGACAACGAGUAUUCAAGAUAAUCCAGGGGAGGCAACAGUCGAGGUGCAAAUGACGGAAUCCGAGACCACUGCGAAAACAACGACGACAACGACGACGACAUCGAGUGGUGGUGGUGGUGGUAGUGGUGGAAUUGGUAUUAUUAGUGGUGUUAGGACGUUAGCUAGUAUCAUCUCUCCAUCGGCAACUGGAAGCGAAAUUGGCUUGAACAUUGGCACUAGCAAUAAUACUGCUACAACGACGGACGUAGUUGCGGACCCUGACGAAUCUGUCCUUGAUGAUGGCGAACGUAACGAAACACCGGACGCGAUGAUGAUAGGUUUGGCACGAACCGGACACGAGGCUGAUAGACGCGAACGACGUUUUGCGUGUCCCUUCUGCGGCAAAUGCGUCAGAUCUAAAGAAAAUUUAAAAUUGCACGUACGCAAACACACUGGUGAACGUCCCUUCGUUUGUCUAUUUUGCGGACGUGCAUUUGGGGGUAAAAGCGAUCUCACUAGGCAUCUUCGUAUACAUACUGGCGAACGACCUUAUCAUUGCGAAAUGUGCGGAAAAUGUUUUGCCCGUGCCGAUUAUCUUUCCAAACAUUUAACUACCCAUAUACAUCAGCGUUAAUGUCUCGCACGAUUGUUUCAUUCGAUUAAAUGAAUUUUUAUCUUAUAUAUUUUUCUUUUUUUUUUUUUUUUUCUUUAAACAAAGAAACUAAUUUUUCCGUAACUUCUCGUGUUUACAAAUAAAAAAAAACAAAUAUAAAAGAAAAAGAAAGAAAGUAAAACAACAAUGAACGAACGUUGUUUUAAUCGAGCAACUAAUAUAGAAGAAGAAAUAAAUUUUAAAUGAAAAUAAUAUUUCCUUCUUCAUGAGACGCGUCAAUUAACACGAGAUGUGGGGCAUGUUAAAUAAAUAAAUAAUAAAAAGAAAGAAAGGAAGGUAGAAAGGGUUAGAAAGGGAGGAGGGAGUAUUUUGACCUGUAAGGUACAACAUAAGUGAGACUAUCGCUCUUGUGAUAAGGAUUCAAUACCAAAGAAUAAUAAUGAAUGCAACGACGCCAACGGGUGAUAGUCGACACAAUUAUUUUAUUCUUUUUUUUUUCUUAUUCCUUUUCUCUAUUUUGUAUUUCUUGUCUUCUUCGUCCUAUAAUAACUCCAUAAAAGCGUGAUAUAACUAAACAUAUAUUAUAUAUUUAUAACAUUUAUAAUAAUUAAUCUUGAUCCUAUAUUUAAAAUAAUAUAUUUAAAUAUUAUUUACGCGAGAUUUAUAGUACAACCUCGAACACGUCGCUCGAAUCUUCUAAUUUAUAUGUUUUGUAAUUGUUAUUAAUUUUUUUUUUUUUUAACUUUUUCACAAUAGUACCUUAACUUACGUAAUUCAUUUUUACGAAAGAAAUUAAAUCUUUUUUCUCAAAUCUCAAAGUAAUGAAAACAACAAUCAAAAAUUUUACGUUUAUUCGAUGAUUUUUAAUUGAAAGAAUUUUCUUGAAGAAGUCAACGAUAAUUUCUCUUGUUUUUUCUUAUUUUUAUAUAAUUUUAUUCAAUCUAUUCGUGAUAUCGUUGAAAUUAUGAGAAAAAAAAAUGUGCCAAAGGAAAAAAAGAAGCUUUCAAGGAACGUUUCUUCUUUCAAUUAUUCUAUGAUUUAUAUUAUUGAAUAAAACAAAAAACACUAAGAAACGAUAACAACGAAAAAUUCUAACAUCGACUUGGUAAUAAAUAAAUAAAUAAAUCAAUAAAAUGGAUUAAUAUUUCGACGUGUUCGUCGUUGAUAUUUAAAAGGGUACGGUGAUCAAACAUAUUCGGUUAAGAUUUAACAGAUGUUUCAAUAAAAUAUUUUUAUUUUAAUGUUUUCUAAUUGCAAAAACGAAACAAAUUGUUUCCCAAAAUGAAUUGAAUUAAUAAAUAUAUAUAUAUAUAUUUUAUUAAAAAACCAAAUGACAAAAUUGAAACCGAAGAAUGUUAUAUAAUAAAUUCACUGUACCCUUAAUUUGUUGCGAAACGAAAUCAUCUUCCGAGUAUAAGUGAGUUGCCGGUGCCUUCGAGAAUCCCUUUUACCAACCCUUCCACCCUUUUACAAGACUCGACAAAUUCUUUUAAAUGCAUUAUAGCAAUAAAGAAGAAACGAAAGCAAAAGAAGACGAAUAAGAAACGAAACAAACAAGAAAAACGAAAAGAUUUCAUUUGAUUGUUCGUUUACGAACGAUUUAGUUGGAAAAUGGUCCACAAAAUCCUUCCAACGAUUUCAUUAAUUAAUUCUUCAUACCUUUUUGUUAAUCCUUUUAUUUUCGAUAUACACACUCGAAUGAAG